AAAUAUAUUGAAUAAAAUAAUAUUCAAGCAGCUAAAUCAGCUAUAACAAUGGACGGCGACGAUAUUGUGCAAAAGGAGAAGGCGGAGGAUCAGGAUGAAUUCCGUGCGGAGGCCACAAUCUCGGCGACGUUGAAGAACGUGGCGCAGAUAAAGCGGGAUCAAUUGUCUCCACCGGUCUAUGUGCGAACGCUGCCCUGGCGAAUACUGCUCAAGCCAAACGAUUCGAAUCUGGGCUUCUUUCUGCAGUGCAAUGGUGAGAAUAAUUCAUCCAGCUGGUCGUGCUACGCCAAAGCCGAGCUGCGUCUCAAGUGCCACAAAUUAGAUGCGCCAGCCGCUCGAAAGCGACCCAUCAAGCAUAUAUUCUGCGCCAAGGCAAACGAUUUUGGUUAUAUGAACUUCAUCAGCAUGUCCGAGCUGCUUAAUCCUGACAAUCAUUUUAUGGACAAUGGCAGCAUUACGCUCGAGGUGGAUUUGGUGGCAGAGGCACCGCAUGGCGUCCCUUGGGACUCUAAGAAGCAUACGGGCUAUGUGGGCCUGAGGAAUCAGGGUGCGACCUGCUACAUAAAUUCGCUAUUGCAAAUGUUGUAUUUCACGAAUUCGUUGCGUUUGUGCGUCUAUCGUGUUCCCACCGAGGCGGAUGAUAUUAAUAAAUCGAUGUGUUUAACGCUGCAGCGGGUCUUUCAUGGCAUGCAGUUCUCGGAUCGACCGGUGGGUACGAAACGACUAACAAAAUCGUUUGGUUGGCAGACCAUUGAUAUGUUGAUGCAACAGGAUGUUCAGGAAUUUCUGCGUGUCUUCCUCGAGAAGUUGGAGUCGAAGAUGCGUGGCACUUGCCUCGAGGGCACCAUUCCGGCCCUGUUCGAAGGCGAAAUGUCGUCGUAUAUUAAAUGCAAGAAUAUCGAUUUUAAUAGCACACGUUACGAGACGUUCUACGACAUUCAGCUGAACAUCAAGGAUAUGAAGAACAUCUAUGAAUCCUUUCAGUAUUAUGUGGCAUCCGAAGCACUCGAGGGAGAUAAUAAAUAUGAUGCUGGCGUGCAUGGACUGCAGGAGGCGAGCAAAGGUGUCAUCUUCACAGCGUUGCCACCAGUGCUGCACUUGCAUCUGAUGCGUUUCCAAUACGAUGCCAAAAGAGAUAUUUCGACAAAGUAUAACGAUCGCUUUGAGUUCUACGAACAAAUCAAUCUAGAUCCUUAUCUGGCAAAGCAGGCGAUGACCCCAGCUGAUUAUGUGCUCCAUGCCGUGCUGGUGCAUUCGGGCGACAUUCAUGGCGGUCACUAUGUGGUCUUCAUCAAUCCGAAGGCCGAUGGACGCUGGUACAAGUUUGAUGAUGAGAUCGUGACCACUUGUCGCAAGGAGGAGGCCAUCGAACACAAUUAUGGUGGCAUCAAUGAUGAAAUUAAAUUUCACUCCAAGUCCACAAAUGCCUAUAUGCUUGUCUACAUGCGACAAUCGCAUCUGGAUCGCAUUCUAAUAGACAUACCCCAAUGUGAGAUAUCCAGUGAUCUGCUGGAGCGUUUCGAUUUGGAGCGUCGCAUUGAUAUGGUGUGUCGCAAGCAGCACAUUGAGGCGCAUCUCCAUUUGACAAUCAACAUCAUACUCGAGGAGCAUUUUGAAGCACAUCAAAAGUUCCGACUCUUCGACACGGAGUCGAUGACAGCUUUCAAAUCGUUCAAACUCCAACGAAAUCUAACUGUUGACAAUAUCGUUGAACUGCUGUCGAGCGCAUUCGGAGUGCCUCGGCAUCGGAUGCGCUUAUGGGGCAUGUGCAGCAUUGCAGCAAAGGACCAAAAGUUUAUGUACAUUGACGUCGAGGCGUAUGCGAUGCGCACCCUCAACGAGAUACCCAACGAUGUCCAAAAGCCCUGGUGCAUAUUCCUUGAAUUGGCCCAAGCCGACUGCCCGGGGCGACUGCCUCCAUUCAAUCCCCAGCUGGACGUGCUGCUCUUUCUCAAGUUUUACGAUGCACGCCGGCAGCAUCUCAAUUACAUUGGAUGCACACAGCAACCCUUGAAUCGUCGGCUCUGCGAACUGGUGCCGGAAAUCAAUCGAAAACUUGGCUUCGCAUCCAACACCAAGUUGACCGUUUUUGAUGAGUAUGCCGGUUGGAAGAUACACGACCUUGAGGAGCCCAUUGGAAAUUUACUCAAUAUGGCGCCGAAGCAGUUGCAGGGCACCAUUUUGAUAUUUGAACGUGAAAAUGUGGAUGCAAAAUUGGAUUUACCCACCGUUGCGGAUUAUUUGAUGGAUGUCGUCUCGCGCAUCGAGAUCAGUUUCAGCGACAAAGCCAAUCCCUAUGAACCGGAUUUUACGCUCGAACUCUCACCACGCUGCAACUACGAUCAGUUGGCCCAAACGGUGGCUGUCCACCUCAACACUGAUCCGACCAAGCUGCAGUUUUUCAAGUGCAUCAGCUAUGACUGGAAAAUGCCCGGCGUUGAUGUGCCCUACACGUAUACGGGCACUAUCAAUGAUCUGUGGACGCAGCCAAAGGAAAGCUCGAAAAAGCAUUUGUUCUAUCAGAAACUAUCGUUGAGCAUUCAUGAGCUGGACAACAAAAAUGUGUUCAAAUGCAUUUAUGUAUCGAACAAUUUGAAGGAGGAAAAGAAACUCGUUCUCUAUCCGAAUAGAAAUGAUACGGUUAGGGAACUGCUCGAUAAGGCAGCGAAAGUGUUGACAUUUACCGAUUCCAGCCAGAAGAAGCUGCGUCUGCUGCGUGUGAGCAAUCACAAGAUUGUUGCCAUCUGCAAGAAUUACGAACCGAUAGAUGGGCUUAGAGUCGAUUUAUCGACGGCAAGGAUAUCCAUUUAUCGUAUCGAGGAGAUACCCAAUGAGGAGGCACAACUCGAUGAGAAUGAGCUGCUCAUUCCAGUGGCUCAUUACACCAAUGAUCUGAGGAAUGCAUUUGGAGUGCCGUUUCUGAUAAAGGUGCGGCAUAAGGAACCGCAUGGGGCAGUCAAGCAACGCAUUCAGCGGCGCCUCAAUGUGCCCGACACAGAGUGGGAGCACUACAAGUUUGUCGUCUGCAUCACCUUACAUCUAACCAUCGAUGUCAGCGACAAUUCACUGUUCGAUCUGGUCGCCUUUCGCAACUGGUCGGGCAUCGAAAUGGGCCAGUUGCCGUUCUUUGGACUCGAUCAUAUUAAUAAGACGCGCAAGCGCGAAUCAUCCGAGAAGGCCAUCAAAAUCUACAACUAAAUGAAUUUUUAUGUCCUUUCAACCAAGUUAAUGAUACAUUUUUAUAUAUGAAAAAAUAUAACAUGAAUGCUCUAGUCAAGAGAUUCUUAUUGGACAUUUUCGUAUAAAUGAAAUCAACUUUAGUUUCCAAUUAGACUUAUUUGCUUACAAGCGUG